ACCGAGUGGCCGUGCGUCCGCAGUGGAGGCGGCUACAUGAGCGCGGCGGGGGUGGCGGCCGGGCUGCGGCCCCCCAGCUCGGGGAUCCCGGGCUCCCGGGGCGCGUCGCGCCCGCGCCUGCCCGCGGUCCCUCCGUACCCCGGGCAGCACGGCGCGCCGGUCGGGCUCAGCGAGGCGCAGAAGCGGGCGCUGGACCUGGAGAAGAGGCUGCAGUUCCUGCAGCAGCAGCACUCGGAGACGCUGGUCAAGCUCCACGAGGAGAUCGAGCACCUGAAGCGGGAAAACAAGGAUCUUCACUACAAGCUAAUCAUGAAUCAGAAGCCGCAGAAGAAAGGCAGCAUCUCCAGUUCCAGCUUUCAGUCCAACAAGUCCAUCUCGAAUACAGUGGUGUCAGCCAACUCGCAAGGCAAGGCCAGGUCCCAGCGCACCUCCUCUAAGAAGCAAGACUCGAAAGCUGACGUUCCCCAGAAGUUGGACCUGGAGGAGGAGCCAUUGGUUGCUGCCCUGCUUCACAGCAGCAGGGUGGACAAAGCCCUCGGGGCACAGGGGCUGGCCAAAGACAAAGUGGAGAGCUCUAAUCCAGCAGCCACCUCGGUGGCCGGCAGCCUGCACAAGGGCAAGCAGGUGCCAGGGGUGCCCCCCGCGAUGAGACUGCCCCUGCACCUGUGCAAGCCCGCCACACUCCAGCAGUGCGAAGUGGUCAUCCGCCAGCUGUGGAAUGCCAACCUCCUGCAGGCCCAAGAGCUGCAACACCUCAAGUCCCUCCUAGAAAGGAGCCAGAGACACAGGGCUGCCCUCGAGGAGGCCAGGCCCGGUUCUCCCAAGGACCAGGAGGCUCUGCACCCGGGGGCCAUGCUGCUCCCCAAGGUCGCCACCAGGGGCGUCUCUAAGAAAUGCCUGAUCCUGAGCCUGGCGCCCAUGGCGGAGUGCGCCAUCCUGCCCGCACUGAAGCGGAGCCUCAAGAGCAACUUUGCCGAGCGGCAGAGACGGCUGCAGGCAGUGCAGAGCCGGUGGCUGCACUACUCGGUGCUCUGAGUGCCAGACCCAUGACCACUCACCCUCAGGUAGCACUUCCA